AUGAAAAUCGCUAUCAUCGGCGGCGGUAUAUCCGGCUGCACCGCCUACUUGUCACUAAAGAAACACCUCCCCGCAUCACGUAUCGACAGCAUAAAAAUCUACGAAGCAUAUUCCACGCCUCACUCUUCCGACCCACCAUCCACCAACACCAAUGGAUCUAAAGAUGCGACCUCAACCCCAACGCCAGUAAUCGGCGGCGGACUUGGCCUGUCGCCAAACGGACUCCGCGUUCUCUCUCGGCUCGAUCAAUCCCAGGCCCUAGUCCAGGAUAUCGUUCGAUCCGGAUACGCCAUCUCAACCAUGUCCUUGAAGACGAAGAAUGGGAAGGUUUUAGCAGAUUUAGACUCAACAUCUGAUGCUGGACCGGUUCCAGAAGUGUUUCUGUCUGAUUCUAGCUCACAUGAGCAGAAUGACGAUAGUAGUACGGAGAUGAGGAUGAACAUGAUAGCCAGUAGUCGGCACGGGUUAUGGAAGUGUUUGCGCGACCGGGUUCCAGACGAAGAUGUCAUUACGAAGAGAGUUGAAGAUGUGACCCCGAGACCUGACGGGUUGAAUAUCGUUCUGUUUGACGAUGGCGUACAGGUGGAGGUUGAUUUGGUGAUUGGGGCGGAUGGGUUGAGGAGCGCUACUAGACGGGGGAUGUUUAGGACAUAUACGGAGGGGGGAGAGGAGAGGUAUGAGUAUCGCCCGCAGUAUGAAGGCCUCAUCGGCGUGGGCGGCUUCACGCCCCUUCUACCAUCUCUCAAAACACACCUAAAACCGGGCACAAUGUCCCUGCUAUUCAGCGGUAACGGCUUCUUCGGCUACUUCCCCAGCUCCUCAUCCUCCUCACCCUCCACCUCAACCCCAUCCCCAUACACCAUAGCACCCCCAGGAGAAACCCUCAGCUGGUGGUCCACUUACGCCUAUCCAUCCCCACCCCCAACACCCUCCAGUAUCUCUCUAUCCACAAUAACCACCGACCUAAAGACCCGACACGCGAACUGGAACGACCCGAUCAUCCAAUCCAUUCUCGCCACUCUCACAGUCGAAAACAUCUACCCGACAUGGACGUCCCCUGUCCUGAAAACGUGGGAGAAACACGGCGUGAUACUUGUCGGCGACGCGGCGCAUGCGUUACCAUCGACGAGCGGACAGGGUGCGUCGCAGGGCAUGGAGGAUGGGGAGGCCUUGGGAAUGUUUCUGGCGCAUUACAUCACCGAGGGAAGAGAGGGGGGAGGGGAAGAAGACGUUGUGCGCACGAAGAGGAUCCUCACCCAUGCUGCAAAACAUUAUAUUGAGCUUAGAAAGCCGCACGUGGAAGAGAUCUUGAAUGAGGCGAAACGGAUGCAGAAUAAUAAGCGCGAUGUAGGCUGGGUCGGGGAGAUGGUGAUGUAUGCUUUUCUUUGGAUUAUGGGCUUCUUCCCCAGCAUGGUCUCGCGCAAAAGCAGGGCUAUUGUCAACUAUAACGUGACGGACGAAGUGAAGAAGGUUAUGAACAGGAACCAGGAGGGCUAG